AUGUUCUCACUGAGGGCUUCUGUUGCGUUCCUCUCCUGGACCUGUCUCCUCGUUGUCAACUUGACUCAUGGAUCUGAGAUUAUCAAUGGGAACCAAGUGAAGCCACACUCGCUGCCUUUCAUGGCUCUGCUGGGGUAUCCGUCUCCGUUCUGCGGAGGGACUUUGAUUGAUUCAAAAUGGGUCCUGACUGCUGCCCACUGCGGCAAUAUUAACGCUUUGCAGCUGGGGGUGCACUCUAUCAAAGCAAAGGAAAAAGAAGAACGUGUCAGGCAGUUACGACUGGUGAUGAGAAGCUUUCCUCAUCCUUUCUAUGACAAAAACACUCAUAGCAAUGACCUCAUGUUGCUCGAGCUUUAUGAGCCAGUGAAGGAAACCAAGUGGGUCAGGGCUCUCAGGCUGAAUAAUAAUGUCAACGAUCCAGAAGGCGGCUCCGUCUGUGUGGUGGCUGGAUGGGGAACAACAGACUACAACGACAAAAGGAUGUCAGAUGUCCUGAUGUCCGUCAACGUGACGGUGAUCGACAGAGAAAAGUGCAGCUCUGCUCAAUUUUAUGGCUACAGCCUUAAGAUCUACCCUAACAUGAUCUGUGCUGGUUCCGAUGGUGAUAAGGUUGCAGACACCUGCCAAGGGGAUUCAGGAGGGCCAAUAAUAUGUGAUGGAGCUCUGGCUGGAGUCACUUCUUUUGGAAUAAGGUGUGGACUAAAACACAAACCUGGGGUGUACGCUUUUCUCACACCAGUUCAACUUGACUGGAUCAAGCUGAUGAUGAAGAUGGCUGAAAUAUAA